GGGGCCAAGAGACCCGGAAAGUGCCGAGGCUUUCCUGACGGGCUUUCAGUGAAGCUGUAACCUGGCAGCCCGAGCGCAGACAUGUGCGGAAUCUUUGCCUAUCUGAAUUACCAUGUGCCAAGGACUCGACGUGAGAUCCUGGAGAUCCUUCUCAAAGGCCUGCGACGUCUGGAGUACCGAGGAUAUGACUCUGCAGGUGUGGGAAUCGAUGGUGGCAACAGCAAAGAGUGGGAGCUGAAUUCCAAGUCCAUUCAUCUGAUCAAGCAGCGUGGAAAAGUAAAGGUCCUGGAUGAAGAAAUCCACAAGCAGCAGGAUAUGGACCUUGAUGUGGAGUUUGACGUUCACUUGGGCAUCGCUCACACGCGCUGGGCCACUCACGGUGUGCCAAGUCCGGUCAACAGUCACCCGCAUCGCUCUGACAAGACCAAUGAGUUCAUCGUCAUUCACAAUGGCAUCAUCACCAACUACAAAGAUCUGCAGAAAUUCUUGCAAAGCAAAGGUUAUGAAUUUGAGUCGGAGACUGACACCGAGUCCAUUGCCAAGUUGGUGAAGUAUAUGUAUGACAACCGUGAGGCCGAUAUCAGCUUUGCCACCCUGGUGGAAAGAGUGACCCAGCAGCUGGAAGGAGCGUUCGCUCUGGUUUUCAAGAGCGUCCAUUACCCUGGAGAGGCAGUCGGCACAAGGCGAGGAAGCCCAUUGCUGAUCGGAGUACGGAGCGAUCACAAGUUGUCCACCGAUCACAUCCCUGUCAUGUACCGCUCCUCCAAUAAAGACAAGAAGAGCGUCACUGCUUUGCCCAGGACAGACCAGGACACGUGCCUCUUCCCUGUCGAUGAGAAGGCUGUGGAGUAUUACUUUGCUUCUGACGCAAGUGCUGUGAUCGAGCACACAAACAGGGUGAUCUUCCUGGAGGACGAUGACGUAGCUGCUGUGUCCGAAGGCCGACUCUCCAUCCACAGGAUCAAACGCACAGCAGGAGACUACCCGGCACGAGCCGUCCAGACCCUGCAAAUGGAGCUGCAGCAGAUCAUGAAAGGAAACUACAGCUCUUUCAUGCAGAAAGAAAUCUUUGAGCAGCCAGAGUCCGUGGUCAACACCAUGAGAGGAAGGGUCAACUUUGAUGACAACACAGUCACCCUGGGUGGACUGAAGGACCACAUCAAAGAGAUCCAGAGGUGUCGCAGACUGAUCCUGAUUGCCUGUGGCACCAGCUACCAUGCCGGGGUCGCGACUCGGCAGGUCCUGGAGGAGCUGACGGAGUUGCCCGUCAUGGUGGAGCUGGCCAGCGACUUCCUGGACAGGAACACUCCAGUUUUCAGGGACGACGUCUGCUUCUUUAUCAGCCAGUCAGGGGAGACUGCCGACAGCCUGAUGGCCCUGCGUUACUGUAAGGAGAGAGGGGCUCUCACCGUGGGCAUCACCAACACAGUGGGCAGCACCAUCUCCAGGGAGACUGACUGCGGAGUCCACAUCAAUGCUGGGCCUGAGAUUGGAGUAGCCAGCACCAAGGCCUACACCAGUCAGUUCGUGGCCUUGAUCAUGUUUGCGCUGCUGAUGUGUGACGACAGGAUUUCUGUGCAACCCCGGCGACGUGAGAUUAUCCAGGGCCUGAGGGUCCUGCCAGAUUUGAUCAAGGAGGUCCUGAAUCUGGAUGAUGAGAUCCAGAAGUUGGCGACAGAGUUGUACCAGCAGAAGAGUGUGCUGAUCAUGGGCCGGGGCUACCACUACGCCACCUGUCUGGAAGGAGCACUGAAAAUCAAGGAGAUCACGUACAUGCACUCGGAAGGCAUCCUGGCUGGGGAGUUGAAACAUGGGCCACUGGCUCUGGUGGAUAAACUCAUGCCAGUCAUCAUGAUCAUCAUGAGGGACCACACCUAUAUCAAGUGUCAGAACGCCCUUCAGCAAGUCGUCGCCCGCCAGGGCCAGCCCAUCGUGAUCUGCGACAAAGACGACUACGAGACCAUCAAGAACUCCAGCCGCACCAUCAAAGUGCCUCACUGUGUGGACUGUCUGCAAGGCAUCCUGAGCGUCAUCCCACUGCAGCUGCUGUCCUUCCACCUGGCUGUGCUCCGAGGAUUCGACGUGGACUGUCCGCGAAACCUGGCCAAAUCCGUCACAGUGGAGUGAAGCUCCAUAAAUCAUCUCAGCUGCACCUGAAGGAUGUGGGUGUGCCGACACACACACACCAGCUGUGUACUGAUAGUGUACCUAGAGAAGAUGAUGUCACCUUUCAUAACCCGCCCCUUUAAAGCAAUGUAUAUGUGACAGUAGCGUGCACCGCUGUUUAGUUCAUGUAGCUCACGUCUGUGUUUUUUCAGUGCAUUUGAUCAGAGAUGACGUUUGUCUGGCGGGAGCUGGGCUGGCACAACUCUCUCUCGCUCACUCUCUCACUCUCUCUUGGGACUGGAAAAUCUGGUCGUGAUCUAACCUGUGAGCAGAUUUCAACGCAGUAGAGCGACUAGUCUUUGAAUCGAUCUCCUUCUUGUGCACUUCCGUGAGCUUCAGUCGGCGUACUUUCUGGCAGCUAAUCAUGUGACAUGUCUUCACUGAAUCCCUGUCUGUUUGUUGUAGCCAAUGACUGUAAAUCAGUAAACAACGCUGUGAUUUGCUUGGUAGUGUGACAUCAUGGAUCAUUAUGGGAUGGGGCUGCCCUUUUAAACCUUUUUAUCCUUUCCUCCAGACUGACUGUUUUUACGCUCUAGUUUACACAAAACUGAAGUAACUUUGUUGAGCUGAAGUGCAAACGGCGGGCGGCCACUCGCCAGCCCAACCCCUGAAUUCACGCGUCACAAUACUGGGACCAUUUUAAAGUCAUGCUUUGUUUUCUUUUCUAAAGAUGAUCAGGAAAUGUUGGUAUUUAUCCCUGUUGAUAACGUCCUCAACCAAAAAAAACGUCUUGUUUCAUUUUUGUAAACCAAAACCAUUGUAUGAAACAUGUGCAUCCUGGCCUCAACAAGGUGUUGUAAUGUGCCAUCUGAAGUAACAUGUGAGUAGCACUCACCAGUACGUCCCACUUCCUGUGUCCUCAAUCAGUUCACGACUCGACAUUUCAUUCUAGAGUUACCUUUUCUCAACCAUGCCUUAAUUUCACGUCUUGCAUGGAGUUGGGGUGCGUAGCAUGACGCGACUGCUGCUUGUGAUCCGGCCCAGUGAGGAGAAUGGUUUCUGCUGAGGCAUUGAUGAAGACAAUACACUGAAACAUCUGCUGCUGUUUAAUAUCGGAACUGACACAGAAUAAAUGGUCGAGCAGCUUUUGUGUCUGUGAUUGUUCAUUUAAAAGGUCACUUUUGUCAUGUGGUGAAUACC